CCUCAACCUUCGCACCUCAUCUCGCCGCCUGCUGCUUUCAUCACCGGCCACUUCCCUCUCACAGAGGCGCCCGCGCACGACGCUCCGCAACCCGCGCCUCGCACCACUCCUUUUCGUCCGUCGCCGACAUCGCGCUCCUCGAGGCAAUCGCAUCCUCUCCAUGCCGCUCGUCCGCAGAACAGACUCCCGGCCGCCUCCUCGACCAUAGACGCUAGCUUCCCUGCUCCGACUGCCACUCGACGCGGCUUGGAUAGUCGACGCAAUUCACGAUCGCUCGCUGGGCCUGGCACCAACGACGUCUCGGCGACCGCUCCUCGCGCACGACACAGCCCAGCUUCAUUGCAUCCGCCCCUCGCGACUCGCUGCCUUUUGCGUUUUGUCCUCGCGAAACCCCCGUCCGUUAGCGACAGCACGCCCAUGACGGAUUGAUUGUCCGGCCGUCAUCGCACUCAACAGCCACAACCCGGAAUUGCCUCAGCGUCCAGCUUCGUCGCCGCGCCCACCUGGCGUCGAGUCGGUCCGUGGCAGGCACCCUGAGCCGGGUUAUCAACCAUCUACUGGCGGUCGUGUGUCCCGUACUGCGUCCCCAUCCUCGCUCGAGACCGGACGACGGACGGACAACAUGGCGUCUGCCGUCCCCACGGCCAACCAGGCUGGCCAGUCGAGCCAACCGCCGCCCGGUGCGACGCCCGCAUCGCCGCCGAACAAGCGCGACCUCAAGUCAUGGUGGAAGGGCUUCAAGCUACCUUCCAAACACCAGGAAGCUACAGAAUCAAAAGCUCCGGGCAUCUUUGGGGUGCCUCUGCGACAAAGUAUAACGUACGCCAAUGUUGCCAUCUCGCUCAUCGACGAGAACGGCCAGAGCUACAUUUACGGAUAUGUUCCGAUUGUUGUAGCCAAGUGCGGUGUCUUCUUGAAGGAGAAAGCCACUGGUGUCGAAGGCAUCUUUCGCCUGAGUGGCUCCGAGAAGCGCAUCAAGGAGCUUAAGUCCAUAUUUGACUCCCCGGAUCGAUACGGCAAAGGCCUCGUCUGGGAUGGCUACACCGUUCACGACGCCGCCAACGUGCUCCGUCGGUACCUCAAUGAUCUUCCAGAGCCCGUGGUGCCCUUGGACCUCUACGAGAAGUUCCGCGAACCUCUUCGCGGAGCGACCAAGCAGGCUGUUGGCGAUCUCGAAGGGCCACAAUUUGUGGACAACUUCGACGAGAAUGCGGCCAUUCAAAAGUACCAGCAGCUCAUUACCGAGUUGCCCCCGCUGAACAAACAGCUGCUUCUCUACAUUCUCGACCUCCUAGCCGUCUUCGCCGCCAAGUCGGACGAGAACCGGAUGAACUCGCAAAACCUCGCUGCCAUUUUCCAACCCGGCAUGCUGUCGCAUCCGGCACAUGCCAUGGCCCCCGAGGAGUACAGGCUGAACCAAUGUGUGCUCAUCUUCCUGAUUGAGAAUCAGGACCACUUCCUCAUUGGCAUGCAAGGCACAGCUGCCGACGAGGAGACCAAGAAGGAGGUCGAGUCGGGAACACCGACAGGGCCCUUGACACCCAAUCCCAACAAAACCUCGGGCGGCCUCGAUAGAUCCGCGUCCAAUGCCAGCGCGGGCGCAACGAGCGUGCGCCGAGAUGGUAAGGUCCGAAGGAACCGGUCAGUAUCGUCGCGGCACUCUCGGCAGGAGGAAAACACGACGCCUAAUAGCCCAGCCCUGGUCGCGACCACACCCACGGGCGGAUUGGGUAGGAGCAACACCGUACCGUCGAAACGGUCCCCGGCACUGGCUGGCGGCAAGUUCAAGAGAGGCGGCGACAACGCCGGCCAUCAAUCUCCUGCCCGCGUGGAGCCCAUGACUCCCGUACGCGCGACCAUCGUCGAGAAUGAGCAGGCGUACAGCUCGAGUCCCGCGCCCGCGACCAUGGGGGCUGCGAAUCCGUCCGUGGAGCGAAGCACGGCUGCGGGCUUCAGUCAGGAGCGAUUGCUUGAGGUGCCCAACGAGGCCGCAACGCCACCGCCCAGGGAGAGGAACCUGCCGAGCCUGUUCCAAAGAUCGUCGCCGGCGGAUGCGACUGAGAAGAGGCAGCCAAACAAGCUGAAGAAGAAGCGCAUACCGGGCGCCCUCAAUCUGAGCGCCCAGAGCUCGGCGGCUUCCUUGACCCAUUCUAACGCGGCGUCGCCGGGCCAGGAGGUUCCCAACCCUGUGGACUCAUUGCAGCAUCUCUCUGAGGUCUCGCCGCCGCCGACCUCCAAUCCGAUAUUGCACCCUGCCUCCCAAUCGCUGGCUUCACCCUCACCCCUCCCUUUCCCGACGCCUAUCUCGCAAGCGCCAGCCCAGCAGAUAUCCGAGCAAGGUCAGUCUCAGUCUCACCCUGCUCUCCCGCAACAGCCUAGCGACAUGUCAUCCGAAGGCACGCCUCGCCCUUCGAACCUCGCAUCAAGCAGUAGUUUGCAUCCCGAUGACAAUCUCCCCCGCGGGAGGAAGUCGCCCCCAACUUCUAUUCACUCCUCGUCAUUCAACGAGGGCUCCGACUUGGACCAAGGGCUCGAUGAGCAGAUUGCAGCACCGUCAGAUAGCGCGGACAAGGAGAAGAAGAAGCGGUGGCGACUGUCAAGGACGAAGAAAGACGACAAUGGUGGUUCGACAAGUUCAAUGGCCACACCGCCGCAGGCGAAUAUUGGCUCCAACGACCAUGCGGAAGUGAGCACCACGUCCAUUGGCAGUGGAGCAAGCAAGCCGCGGAAGAGCUUCACCAACGAGGGCUCAGAACCCACAACUCUGGCCAGUAUUGAGGGGCACGGGGGACAGGACGCCAGAGACAGUAACAGCACCAAAGAAGAGUCGAAAGGCCCUAUAGGGUGGAUACGAAACAAGUAUCGCGAGGCCAAGGAGAAUGCCGAGCAGCGACGAAAUAAGUCGCCGCCGGCGGCCCCUGACCGCCAGGGGAUCGGGGCAGUUUUGAUGUCGCGCGGCAAGAGCCUGGAUAUGAAGCGUGAAAAGCGCGACGACGAAAAGCAGCCCGAGAAGAGUGUCGAGGAGUUGGCGGCUCCCAAACCAACGGUCACAACUGCAGAGGAACCUUCGAAAGAGACGCCCAAAGAAGUCCCCCAAGCCGCACUCGAUGCUACUCCGGUGACAGCUAGCGCACACACGGCGGAGGCGCCGGCGGAGGCCCCGAGCACGACUUCCAUCCCGGAACCAACGACCGAAUCCAAGUCUGUUGCGUCACCUGAAGGGCCAUUGGAGCCGGUGCCCGAGUCUCAACAUGAGGAAGCUGCCGUCGUUGAGACGAAAGCAGAGGCCCAAGAAGCUCCCGUUCACCAAAACUAAUGUUCGGCCAGCAACCCAUCGGUCAGGACAGUCCAUGCGACCCCUCGCUGAGCGUGUAUUCGACGUUUGUUUCGGCAUGUUUUACCUGGCACCCGCAGUCCAUGGCAGUGGCUUGGGCGUUUAUUCCCGUUUGAAGACAACACACCUGUUUGGCGUUUAGUGCAGAAAGGGGCUGCCUGGUCUGAUGCUUUUUUUUGUCGAUAGUGCACGCCAGACAGCCCCAUGGAUUGGUUUCUAUGAGCUCGCGGAUCGAGUCUCGAUCGACGCGUGGCCGCCCUCUUGUGGUAUUUGGGAACUCGGGACUACCCCCCAAGUCGUCCCCAUCCGUGCCUUUGUUGCUUUUUAAUAGCCCCUUAUUUGUUCAUGAACACUACACUGCAGUACACAUAUACACAACACCUGCGCGCGCGGCCUCUUCUUCUUCCUCUUCUUUUGUUUCUCUUCUUCUACUUCUUCUUCUUCACCCUUUCUUACUUUUGAUAUCAUACACGCGCGCUCUCACAGCCUCGCACCGCCCGCCCCCCUUUUAAGACUACGGGAAUGGGAAACGGAGAGAGAGGGGGGCACAUCUGUGUGGCUAAGAGUGCGAGAGAGAGAGAGAGGAAAGAGCUCAGACGAGUGGUGGUGGGUGGUCAACGGAGCUGGGACGACUGUUUGGCGAGCGAAGAGAGUUGGACGGGCGGGUCAGAAAUGGAUAUCUUUGUGUAAUGUACGGGAUACUAAAGAGAUUACUCUAUGGAAACACUUUUCUUCCCCCGACUGCGGUGGCGCUUUGCAUGUUCGUUUGAACGCUGGGCGCUGGCAUGACGCGUUGACAUUUUAGGAUGGGUCGAGGAGUCGAGACGUGCCCUGAUCCUUUGUUGACGUCUACGAUGGGAG